AUGAAAACUGGUCAAUAUUAUAAAAAACAACUAAAUCAUACUCAAUCACCAAACCGUGUGAGAUACAACACAGCAAUACCCAAAGUAUUCAAAACAUCAACAGCAUUUCUCACCAAAAAGGUAGAAACACCCUCUUCAGAUUCUUCUCAAGAUCACUUCCAGGUAUCAACCACGAAAGAGACACCAGAUGCAAGAUCUGUGGCCACCUAUUCAGAGACCCUUAUUCUCACCUCUUCACUCUAUGCCAAGAUAUCCUUGAUAUUGAAAAAACCAUCAUAUCAACAGUUAAAAAAUUAUCAUUCAUCAAAAUCCACAGAUGGUCAAUGGAUACCUUAG